AUGGUUCGGUCAAGAAAUAACAUUUUCCAUGAGGGAGGAAUCUUAAGCGAUGACAUAGGUAACCCGUUGAUAGCCUACUCUAAAUGUUAUGGCUAUGGGACCAAGACUAGACGGGAAGCAUUGGCAUUAUUAGAUGGCCUUAAAAUUUGCCAGGAUUUAGGUCUACCAAUAGAUAUAGUAGAGGCGGACUCCACACUCGUGUGGAACACUUGGAUCAUGUCUAGAAUCCAAGAAUUAAUACCUAGUAGAAAUAGUGAAGAUGAACACAAAGCCAAAAUGAAGAACACCAAGAAAAACUGUUCGUAA